AUGAGGUUCUCCAGGUUUCUAGUUUUCCUUUCCCUCAUGCAAUGUUCACUACAGUCAUCAGUUACUUUUACAUUGCGAGGAAAUGCCAAUGGACAGCCUUGUGUAUUCCCUUUCAAAUACAAAGACAAGCAGUACAAUGAGUGCACAGAUGCUGGCAGGUCAGAUGGGCUGCUCUGGUGUGCAACAACUGCAGAUUUUGAUGCUGAUAAACUCUAUGGAUUUUGCCCACUGAAAAAUGACACCAAACGAUUUUGGACAGAAGAUGUUUCAACGGGCAUUCACUAUCAGAUAAACUCAGAAUCAGCUCUAACAUGGCACCAAGCAAGGAAAAGCUGUCAGCAGCAAAAUGCAGAACUCCUAAGCAUUACAGAGGCUCAGGAGCAAGCAUAUGUAGGAGAGCUAACUAAAGAAUUUGGUUUUGCCUUCUGGAUUGGAUUGAAUGCUUUGGAUUUCAACAGUGGAUGGCAAUGGGCUGGGGGCUGCCCUUUCAGAUAUUUAAACUGGGCUCCAGGAAGUCCCUUCCUGCUCCCUGGGAAAAUCUGUGGACUGUUGAAUCCCAGAAAGAAUGGUAAAUGGGAAAACCAGGCAUGCAACCAGAGACUAGGCUACAUUUGUAAAAAAGGAUCCUUCAGUUCAAAGCCUGACAUUAUGCCCAAAGGGGAAUUGAAGCCUGUUCAGUGCAGAGAUGGCUGGUGGCCAUAUGCAGGGCACUGCUACAGCAUUCACCGGGAACCCAAAACAUGGGAAGAUGCUCUGUCUUCAUGUAAAAAGCAAGAUGGAGAUUUGGCAAGCAUCCACAACAUUGCUGAAUACAGCUUUCUAGUGUCACAGCUUGGUUACAAGCCAACAGAAGAGCUGUGGCUGGGUCUGAAUGACCUGAAGACUCGCUUCUACUUUGAGUGGAGUGACGGGACCCCUGUGACGUUCACCAAGUGGCAGCGCCGGCAUCCCGCGCACACCAGCGGUGCGGAGCGCUGCGCCGCCAUGGAGGGGCAGGAUGGAUACUGGGCAAAUGAUGCUUGUAAUAAGCAACUUGGUUACAUCUGUAAAAAGAAGCCUUCAUCACAAUCCUCUCAAAAAGAGAGAAUCGAGGACCUAGGCUGCCAGAAAGGUUGGAAAAGAUAUGGUUUUCACUGUUACUUGGUGGGUUCUGCACUUUUGACAUUCUCAGAAGCAAAUAAGACAUGUGAACAGAGCAAAGCCUAUCUAGCUACGGUGGAAAGCAGGAACGAGCAAACCUUUCUGAUUAGUCUGACGGGGCUGAGGUCUGAAGAAUAUUUCUGGAUUGGUCUGUCUGACACAGAAGAACGAGGGAGUUUCAGGUGGACCAAUGGAGAAACUGCUCAUUUCACACACUGGAACACAGCCAUGCCAGGGAAAGAGCAAGGCUGUGUUGUCACGGGAACUGGAAUUGCAGCUGGAUUAUGGGAUGUUGUUAGCUGUGAGAAGACAUGGAAUUAUCUUUGCAAGCAGCGGGCAGCAGGAGCUCCACCUCCUGCUCCUCCAGAGCAGGUUCCUGGGGCUGAGUGUGCCACAGGCUGGGACAGAGCCCCGCGGGCUGGCUCCUGCCUCAGAUUUUUUGUGAGAGAGGGAAACCAAAAGAAGUCUUGGUUUGAAGCUGAAGAAUUCUGUAGAGAAAUAGGUGGAAAUCUGGUCACAAUCAAUACAAAAGAAGAUCAAAUUUUAAUAUGGCAAUUAGCUUUGGACAAAGGACUGAACACUCAGGCUUUCUGGAUUGGUUUGUUUCUCUUAAAUCCUGAUGAAGGAUUUUCCUGGAUUGAUGGCUCCCCUGUAAUUUAUGAGAACUGGGAGGAAGAUGAACCCAACAACUACAAAGAACUUGAACAUUGUGUUAUGUUUAAUGGAUCACCCCAAAUGCGCUGGAACGACUUGCGCUGUGAACAUUUACUUAAUUGGAUUUGUGAAACAAAAAAAGGUACAUUGAUAAAGCCUGAAGCAAACUACAAGCUUGACUAUCAGCUCACCAGUGAUGGAUGGAUUAUAUAUGAAAAUAAGCAGUACUAUUUCAGCAAAGAGCAUGUCCAUAUGGAAGAAGCACGGAGAAUUUGUCAGAAGAACUUUGCUGAUCUUGUUGUCAUUGAGAAAGAAAGCAAAAGACGAUUUCUGUGGCACUAUAUUUACACAAAACACAGAGGAAAAUCAUUUUUCAUUGGCUUAGUUGUCAGCUUUGAUCAGAGAUUCAGAUGGCUGGAUGACAGCCCGGUGAAUUAUGUUGCCUGGGCUCCAAAUGAACCCAAUUUUGCAAACAAUGAUGAAAAUUGUGUGGUGAUGUCAGAAGAUUUUGGCUUAUGGAAAGACAUAAGUUGUGCUGUGCAAAAUGCCUUUAUCUGUGAAAGGCAAAAUUCAACUUACUCAGGAUUUGCUCCUCCUGUGAUUCGACCUUUGGGAGGAUGUCCUGAAACUUGGCUUUUGUUUAAAAAUAAGUGUUAUAAAAUAUUUGGAUCCAGAGAAGAAGAGAAACUAACUUGGCACUCAGCAAGAAGUGUUUGUAGAGAAUUAGGGGGAAAUUUGGCCUCUAUACACAAUAACCAAGUGCAAGCUUUCCUCACCUUUCACCUAAAGGAUGUUGCCAGUGAAACAUGGAUUGGGCUGAAUGACAUUAACAGUGAGAAUACAUAUCUCUGGACAGAUGGAAGCGUUUUUGACUAUUCAAAUUGGGCCCCAGGAUUCCCAUUCAGAGAUAAAUUCAUGGUGGUUGACUGGAAGUAUAUCACAAUAGAGACUGAUUGCAUUGCAAUGACAAGAAGGUCUGUAGAUGGUGCAGGAUUAUGGGAAAAUACUGACUGCCAGCACAAUAAAAGCUAUAUUUGCCAGAUGGACAGCGAGCCUGAACUGUUUCACCCCACAAGUGCUCCAGAUUUCAAUUUUGUCCAUUAUGGCAACAGCAGCUAUUUAAUAAUUCCUUCUAAAAUGAAUUGGGAAGAAGCAAGAAAAGCAUGCAAGGAGAAAUCUUCAGAGCUUGCCAGCAUUUUUGAUUAUUACAGUAAUAUAUUCUUGCUGCUGCAGGCAGUGCAGUAUGGAGAGCCCUUAUGGAUUGGGCUCAACAGCAAUGUGAAUUAUGGAUAUUAUCGAUGGACCAAUAAAAGGAAAGUAAGUUUUUCUAAGUGGGACUAUAGGGAACCAAAACAGAAAAUAGCCUGUGUCUAUCUCGCACUCUCUGGGAGAUGGAAAACAGCACAUUGUGAUGAGAAACACCUUCCUGUCUGCAAAAAAUCUGAAGAUGUAGUUCCUUCUGACCCUCCCCAGGAUAUUGGACAAUGUCCUGAAUCUGAUCACAUAUCUUGGAUUCCUUUCCGAAGCCACUGCUAUAACUUCAAUGCCAAUGAAAUGAGCUGGGCUCAGUCUGUGACUCAGUGCAUUCAAUCAGGUGGUAUGUUGGCUUCUGUAGAAGAUCUGUAUGAAUCAAACUUUUUAAUAGAACAUGCAGAUUUAUAUGCAAGCAAGACAAGUGGCUUCUGGAUAGGAAUAUACAGAAAUGUAAAUGGGCAGCUGCUCUGGCUGGACAACAGUGCCUUGGACUUUGUCAACUGGGCAGAGGGGCAGCCCUCGGGGGACGAGCUGGCGUUCUGCGUGGAGCUGUCUGCAGCCACGGGCUACUGGAGUGUCCUGCCCUGCUCCUCCCAAAAGGGCUUUAUUUGUAAGAAAACAAAGACUAUUCUUAAAGCAGCUGGAGACGUGGAAGAUGCCAAAAAGAACAAAGCCAGUGGUCACCUGAAUAUGUGGAUACUACUUACUCUGGUCCUCAUAAUUUUAUUGGGGAUGGGCUUCAUUAUUUAUUUCUUGUUCAAGAUCAAACCUGGAAGUGGAACUGGAAGAGAGGUGAGGCGGAGCAGCAGGCAGCUGGAAUACACCCGUGCCCUAAGUGCAGAGGACAAUGGAAGUGAUGCUACCAGCAACAAAGAAAAAAAUGAACACAGUGUUGUCUGAUGGGAUAACACAGCCAAACUAAAAUGGUUAAGCUGAAAAAAUAUAGCUGAACAAAAGGAAACCUUAGUCUCUCUUAGAUGUAACUUUCAUAGCUGUAGCAUGUAACUUUUAAUAUGAAGUAAAACUGGCAGUUAUUCCUUUUGUGAAGACUAGGAACUAUUGCUGUAUGCUCCUCAAUAAAUACUCUCAUGUAUUUAUUGACUUAGAACUGUACAAAAUGGCUAAUUAAGCAAGCAAGGAAAAGAACUAGUGGGAAUUUGGAUUUUAAAGUUAUGGGUUACUUAUUCAGGAAUUUGUGACAGCAUCACAUACAGAGUCAAGACUAACACUGAGCACUUUUUGCAGAGCCAGCAGCCCUAGUUCCAGCACUUUGAGAGUACCUCACCUUACUGUUCUGAAGCAUGCACACUGUUACUUAAGUGAUGUUUGGAACAAACAGAGAUUUACAUGAAUUGUUUGCCCACAUUGCUGCCCUUUUCUUAUAUCCUAUACAUAAAUAUCUUCCUUGUGAUAGUAUUGUAAGUGAAACGCAAAUACUUGUCCUUCAUUCAUGGAUUCAACUUGAAUUUUGCAAAACAAAUAAAUCUUUACAUACAGUCUUAUUCUAUGACUAUGAAUGUUUUUUAUCAAUUAUGAACGUGAGACUGUAUCAAUAAACAAUCUAUAUAUUACACAAUAACAUUUCAGUGUUUAAUUAGCAUGUGGAGAUGACACAUGGUUUGUCGGUCUAAUGAGUCUUCUUCCUUAAAAAAGACACUGACAGGAGGAGACACAGAAAUGUCAACAAGGCAUAUGACUAAAAAAAACCAUAAGUAAACAAUAAAAUAAAGUAGUUGCCAAAUAAAUUUUGAAAUAAUGCAUUCCUGGUUUUAUUCCACUUGAUCACUCAUUUUAGGACAGCUUUGCUCACUAUCCUCCAUUUCUCUGAUAAAUGGACUGAUAACUGGGCACUGUGUCCAUGAUUCAGGCCAGUAAGAGAGUGUGGCACAAAACAGUGCCUUGCUAGUGAAAUGUUUCAGAGAUUUACUGAGAUGUUUAAGUUUUCUAGGAAUUCUCUGUUGUUUAUGGCAUUCUGAAGAAAAAAGAUCUCAAGGAUCUCUGGGAAUUAAAAACCUUUAGAAAGUGCAUAAGAACUGCAGAGGAGAUGUUACAUUGGAUUGACAAUUUAUAGAUAUGUCAUUUAAACAAAACAUAUUGCAGAGAAUGAGGAAUAAAGGCAUUUUUUUACUCAAACUGCUUUUAAUGACAGUCAUCUUGAUCUUCUUUUUUAGCCCUUGUGUAAGUUAAAAAGAAUACAAUUUUUCUUUUUUUAAUAAAUAUGGAACUGGAUUCUGUGCUGUUUGAUGGCUACUGAUAAAGGCAAAGUAAAUUGAAAGAAUAAACAGAUGAAAAAAUCCAACAUAAUAUCAUUAUUUAAAUGUUUUAUAUUUUAUAUUGAUAACACAACUCCAAAGACUGUAUUGUGUGAAUGAGUUUCUUCUA